CCCACAACUCUCUAUAGUCGAUCCCUCCCUACUACUAUAAAUAAUAUUCUCCAUCUUCCCCUCCCUAUUACUACUACACCCAAUUCACCUACAACCAAUCUAGCGAUCUACUAUUAAGUAAUUUUCUCCUUCUUCCCCUCCCUAUUACUACUACUACACCCAAUUCACCUACAAGCAAUCUAGUGAUCUACUAUUAAGUAAUUUUCUCCAUCUUCCCCUCCCUAUUACUAUUACUACACCCAAUUCACCUACAACCAAUAUAGUGAUCUACUAUAAGUAAUAUUCUCCAUCUUCCCCUCCCUAUUACUACUACUACACCCAAUUCACCUACAACCAAUAUAGUGAUCUACUAUAAGUAAUUUUCUCCAUCUUCCCCUCCCUACUACUACCACAUCCAAUUCACCUAUAACCAAUAUUUUGUUGUGGUAGUUUGUAACACAGUCUUGCAUGGCUAGUGUGGUCCCUGUGGCCUACCAAGGCAACACAUCGGCAGCGGUCGCCGAUUGGCUCAACAAAGGCGAUAACGCAUGGCAGAUGAUCUCAGCCACUCUAGUGGGCCUCCAGAGUGUCCCGGGCCUUGUGAUCCUCUACGGUAGCAUCGUCAAGAAGAAGUGGGCCGUCAAUUCGGCUUUCAUGGCCCUCUACGCCUUUGCGGCGGUGUGGAUAUGCUGGGUCACAUGGGCCUACAAGAUGUCGUUCGGCGACCGGCUCCUUCCCUUCUGGGGCAAGGCCGGGCCUGCCUUGGGCCAGAAGUUCCUCAUCAAGCAGGCUGCGCUGCCCGCAACGACACAUUACUACCAGAACGGGGACGUCGAGACGGCGAUGAUCACACCGUACUAUCCAAUGGCCUCAAUGGUCUACUUCCAAUGCGUCUUCGCGGCGAUCACACUGAUUCUGCUGGCGGGCUCGCUGUUGGGGAGGAUGAACAUUAAGGCCUGGAUGCUCUUCGUGCCGCUGUGGCUCACAUUCUCUUACACAGUCGGAGCGUUCAGUAUAUGGGGCGGCGGGUUCCUGUUCCAUUGGGGUGUGAUCGACUACUCAGGUGGCUAUGUUAUUCAUCUCUCUUCGGGAAUUGCCGGAUUCGUUGCGGCCUAUUGGGUGGGCCCGCGGUCGACCAAGGAUCGAGAACGGUUCCCGCCGAACAAUGUUCUACUGAUGUUAGCAGGCGCCGGGCUGCUGUGGAUGGGUUGGGCUGGUUUCAAUGGUGGGGAUCCUUACUCGGCCAACAUCGACUCUUCGAUGGCGAUCUUGAACACAAAUAUAUGCGCUGCAGCGAGCCUUCUGGUGUGGACAUGUUUGGAUGUCAUCUUCUUCAAAAAACCGUCGGUGAUCGGCGCAGUCCAAGGAAUGAUCACAGGGCUGGUGUGCAUCACCCCUGGUGCAGGCCUUGUUCAAGGGUGGGCCGCUAUGAUCAUGGGCAUCCUCUCAGGCAGCAUCCCAUGGUUUACGAUGAUGAUCGUUCAUAAGCGAUGGACCGUCCUUCAGAAGGUGGACGACACGCUCGGAGUCUUCCACACGCACGCAGUAGCAGGUUUCUUAGGUGGGGCUACAACGGGCCUUUUCGCCGAGCCAGAGCUAUGUGCACUCUUCUUGCCUGUGACUAACACAAGGGGUGGGUUUUAUGGAGGGAGUGGUGGGGUCCAGUUCUUCAAACAGAUAAUUGGGGCUGGUUUCAUCAUUGGUUGGAACAUCGUGGCCACAAGUAUCAUCUGCUUGAUAAUACGGACGGUUAUCCCGCUGCGGAUGGCUGAGGAGCAGCUAAUGGUCGGUGAUGAUGCGGUGCAUGGAGAGGAAGCGUAUGCAUUGUGGGGUGAUGGUGAGACGUAUGAUGUAUCGAAGCAUGGAUGGUAUUCUGAUGAUACAUUGCAUGGUCAUGACAAGAUCUCUAGUGGGUUCACUCAGAAUGUGUAGUGGUGAAGGUUAAGGUGCGUCUGUUUGAAGGGUUGAUACAUGGAGCUUUUGUAUAUACAGUUGAAGGUUUUGUUUUUUGCAUUGGAGGGGAUGGGAUUUGAUUUUUUUAAGGAAACUGAAAUGAAAGGUUUGGAUUACAGAAUUUUGUUAUGAUCAUGAAACCGUAUGGUCUACAUUUAUC